CUGCUGCGGAGCACACCGGCCAGGGAGGAGCGGGAGCGCCGCCGCCCGAACCUGACUCGCCAGGAAGCGCUUCCCGACCGCCUCGCUGUCGUCCGGACCACUUCACUGGAAUUUACCCGCGACCAGGACCGGCUGGAGAGUUCCCCUCCCGGGACACGAGCGAGUGACACCCGCAGUGAAGCAUUCCUCUGAACGCCAUGCUACUGAAGGUCCGCUUACGCUGAUCGACCCGGUGUAAAGUCAGCGGCAUCAUGGCGGAACUGCCCAUCGCCCCGGGCGAGGCCUACAUUGAGGUGGAGUAUGACUACGAGUACAAAUCCAAGGACCGCCUCAUCACCAUCCGGCAGGGGGAAUGUUACAUGCUGGUCAAGAAGACCAAUGAAGACUGGUGGCAGGUGAGGAAGGAAGAGGGGACGAAAGCCUUCUAUGUUCCUGCUCAGUAUGUCAGAGAGGUGCGUAAAGCCCUCAUGCCUCCCCCCAAACCUCUGCCACAUCACCCUGCGGCUUCAGGGAACACCUCGCCCCAGGGCACUGGGGGGCUCUGGGUCAAACCCACAGAGUUGGCGCUCGACAAUCAUUCCCCAUCGGGCCUACGCAGAACAGAGUCCAACUCACAGCGCUCGCCCUCGGCGCAGUCCAUCUCCUCUGGACACUUCAGCCCGCCCACCAAGCGCCGGGACAGUAACCAGCACCAACCGCCCACCACCCCCACCGAACACGACCGCGCUCUGGCCGAGAUCCUCCUCCAAGGUGGUCUGCCGGCGGCCCACCGAGGCAGCUCCAGCACCCUGCCCCGCACCAGGGCCCGGUCCCCAGACAUGGUCAGGAUGCCACUGGACGUCGACAGCACACAACACUGCGACUCAGCUGGAGAGGAGCGUCGCACCAACGACUCGGAGUCUGGAGAUGAGCUGAGCAGCAGUUCCACCGAGCACCUGCAGAGUGUGUCUUCAACGGGCCAGGGCCGACCCGACUCUCCCGUCUACACAAACCUCCAGGAGCUGAAAAUCACACAGUCCAACCUGCCCCCGCUGCCCUCUGGGUCACCCCUGCACGUAGUCGGCGACUGGGAGACCUACAAGGACCAGAAUGGCCGGCACUACUACUAUAACCACUCCACCCGCGAGAGGACGUGGAAGCCGCCCCGGGCCCGGGACACCAGCACCAGCGGCUCCAGAGGAGAACUGCACAGCACAGGAGAGAGCUCUGAGAGCACUCCUCUUUCGCUUUCACCGUCUUUCCUGCCCUUCUUCUCGCUCUCCAUCGGCCGUCUCCAGCCUCUGUCGUCAGAGGACACCUGCUUCAGCGCCUACUCCAGCCAAUCCGACAGCCAGUACGGCUCGCCGCCUCGCGGCUGGUCGGAGGAGAUGGACGAGUUCGGACACACUCUUUAUGUCAGCGACUUGACGAACGAGAAGUGGUUAAAGCACGUUGAUGAGCAAGGCAGACCGUACUACUACUGUGCCGACGGCUCCAGGUCAGAAUGGGAGCUGCCCAAGUACAACCACUCGCCUCCUCAGCCCGCCCUGGACGGUCCGAAGACUCGCAGUCUGGACAGGAAACACGUGGACCCCAUCGUGCUGACCAAGUGGAGACACAGCGCCUACGUCCAGGAACCCACCGAGAAGGAUGCCCCUAUGGGCCCCUCGCCCGACUCCGACUCCUGCCCUUCAUCUCCCAAGCCCCCCUCCUCCCCGUCGGAGAAGUGCGGUGUCCUGAAUGCUACCAAGAUCACAGAGAACGGCAAAAAAGUCAGGAAAAACUGGACCUCCUCCUGGACGGUCCUGCAGGGGACCACGCUGCUGUUCGCUAAAGGACAAGGAGGCGGGACCAGCUGGGUGAGUGACCGAAGAACUGCCCAUGUGUGUUUCAAGAUCAACUCCAAAUAUGAAAUGAAAUGCUCUCGACAGUUCGGAGGCAGUCAGUCCAAACCCGAGUUCACGGUGGACCUGCGGGGCGCCUCGGUGGACUGGGCGUCCAAAGACAAGUCCAGCAAGAAGCACGUUCUGGAGCUGAAGACUCGUCAGGGCACCGAGCUGCUCAUCCAGUCUGAGAGCGACAGUGUGAUCAACGACUGGUUCAGGGUCCUGCGAGACACUAUUAGCAGCCAUGCCUGGGAGUCAGACGAAGCCAUCGAGGAGGACCUGCCCGAGUCGCCUGGUCCAGAAAAGCAUGACAAGGAAAAGGAGCACCGAGACUCAAAGAAGAACAGAGCCAUGAAGAGCUCGUCCAGCGUGGAUGCCACCGACAAUAAGAAGACCAGACACAAGCUGAAGAAGUUCCUGACCCGCCGGCCCACGCUGCAGUCCGUCCGGGACAAAGGCUACAUUAAAGAUCAGGUGUUCGGCUGCAGCCUGUCCAGUCUCUGUCAGCGAGAGAACACCACAGUUCCCAGCUUCGUCCGGAUGUGCAUCGACCACGUGGAGAACACGGGUCUGUUUGUGGACGGGCUCUACAGGGUCAGUGGGAACCUGGCUGUCAUCCAGAAGCUACGCUUCGCCGUCAAUCACGAUGAGAAGGUGAACCUGGCGGACGGGAAGUGGGAGGACAUCCACGUGACGACGGGGGCGCUGAAGAUGUACUUCAGAGAGCUGCCUGAGCCGCUCUUCACCUACAUCUUCUUCCACGACUUCGUCAGCUCCAUCAAAAUCCACGACUACAAGCUCAGAGUUCAGUCCAUCAAAGAUCUGAUUCGACAGCUUCCAGAGCCAAACCACGACACCAUGCAGGCGCUGUUCAAGCACCUGAGGACGGUGGUGGACCACGGCGAAGAGAACCGGAUGACCUAUCAGAGCGUGGCCAUUGUGUUUGGGCCGACGCUGCUGCGGCCUGAGACCGAGACCCUGAACAUGGCCAUCCACAUGGUGUACCAGAACCAGAUCGUGGAGCUCAUCUUGCUGGAGUACGAGAACAUUUUCGGCCGGUAGACGGAGGUGUCCCUCUGAACUCUUGACCCGAGCCCGUUUGGUGCCUACUGUCCUCCUCCCGACUGACUCUCAUGAGCCCAGCUCGCCGACACUUUGGACCAAGCGUGUUUCUUUGCACUUUUCCGUGCCACUUCACUGCGACGUUCAGUCCGACACUGGAGCCGGAGGAGUCAUGUGACCUGCAUGGGGUCACCAGAGGUCAACCCAUGAUGAUGAACCCGAACUCUGAUAAACACUAUAGGAGGGUUCUGUCCUCCACACGCUUCUUCUUCACUCACCGCCACUAGGUGGAGCUGCAGCUUCCAGGUAUCAAGUUUUAGAGGCGACUGGUUUGGAACUGAUGACUGGGACGUUUACAUGAUCACAUGAUCCAGGUCUGUGAUGGAGACGUCCAGAAAGAGGUCAUUAACUCUGAAAGCUGAAAUAAUUCUUCCUUUUCAAGUUGAUGUUCUGAGUGCAGAAGCUGACACACAAAACACGGCCAAACAUGGGGAAACAACAACAAAUGCUGAUGGCUGAACUCCCGAGAGCAACUCUCCAGUCGCACAGUAGCUCAACAAACACAAUGCUGAGUCACUUUACGCAACACAACACGACAAACAACCACAAAUUUCAGCGCAGCUGAAUCUCGCUACAGAGACGAGCUCCAGACUCGGAGUCACUUCUCUCUUUAACUUGACUGUCAUGUUUUUGUUGAGCUGUUGUGUGUCCUUUUAGGGGUCAGUUGUUUUUAAUGAGGAGAAAGACAAAAACUGCUGUGGUCACCAUCACCAACGUAACUAGCAACUAAACUGCUUGUAAUGCGGACGCCUAGUUAGCCUGUUCUCUGCUUCUUACCUCUGACGCAUCUCAUGUCUCUCGCGCUUCUUCAGGUACUCUGCUUCAAUGUUUUAAACCUCAAAACACUUUUGUACAUUGCGUGCGUCGUGAUGGCAGGCGGAUGGAUGGAUGGGCAAUAGUCGUGAAAUACGUGUGUGUGAGGCAGGUGUGACCAACCUGCGGUGAUGAACUGUUGACCUGAGGGGCAGGUGAACUGAGAAUGUAACGUUGUCGGUCUUCAAACUGGAAUAAACCAUGACAGACUCUGAACUGUCGCGCAUGCUGCUUGGUCACUGUGAAUGUCUCUCAUCUCUACUCCAGAGUUCUGUCAUAAAGAGCCGCAGAGAUGCUGGAGGAGGACGAAGAUGAUCAGUGUUUCCGGUGUUGUGGCUCCACAAACUGCUGUGCCGAUGAUAAACCUCUCUCCUCUGGAUUCUAUCAAGCAGAAGCAGCCAGGAGGGCUUUAAUUUGUGUUUCCAUCAGAGAAGAUGCAGACAGGAGUAGAGUUUAGAGAGGACCGGAUGGAACCAGAACCAGUGACUGUGCAAGCGACGUCGGACCUUCAGUCCAUAACUUCCUUCACGAGUGAGUUAAUCCUGACAAACAAGUCUUUAAUCCUUCUGAGGGCCUCAGAUGAGCCUGUUGUUCUGAGCCGAUUUGACAAUUUAUUGUCAAAAAAUGACUUUUACUGAUGCGUUUGAGUAAGUUAACUCAUCUUUAGUGCGAUGAAUUGCGAUUGGAAAACGUUUCUAUUGACAGCCCUGAUUUAUGAAUCCUCUUUUCAUAACCAAGGACUGAAACCGCCGAGGUGGCUUUAUUUUCAUGUAGCCAUUAGCACAACAAUGCUUUGUAGCUGAGCGCAAGUCACUAAAUAAUUGUUUAUAUGAAUAAUCUGGAAGUUUCUU